AUUGCCGCCAUGGCAACAGCAAAUAUGCUCUCAUCUCUUUUCCCUUUAUUCUCACUCGUAUGCUUCAUCUCAAUCUUUUGCCUUCUCUCUCUUUCUAGAAAAGCCUCCAUUUCUUCUUCUUCCCCAACACAUCCAUACUUCCAUCAAGUAAAACCCACCAUGGUCACCGGUAACAUCGAGCCCAAUGCCACCUCCGGAUCUUUCCCUUAUACGUCGAGCAGCUCUUCAUGCGAUUACUCUGACGGGUCGUGGAUCCACGACCCGGAUGUGAGAUUGGAUCGAUAUGACAGUAGCUGCAAGGAAAUAUUCAAAGGAUGGAAUUGCAUUCUGAACAAAAAAUCAAACGGUCGAGAUAUCGUUAAGUGGCGAUGGAAACCUCGUAACUGCCAUCUCCCGCCCUUCGAUCCUCUCAAGUUUCUUCACAGUUACAGGGAUACUAAUAUCGGGUUUGUUGGUGAUUCCCUAAACAGAAACAUGUUUGUUUCUUUGUUUUGCGCUCUGAGACGUGUGGCCGGUGAUGUGAAGAAAUGGCGUCCGGCUGGAGCUGAUCGUGGCUUUACUUUUCUUCACUAUAAUCUUACCAUUGCAUAUCAUCGAACUAAUCUUUUGGCACGCUAUGUUGGUCAGCUAAUAGUAAUGGUGGCAAGUUGGAAGACCUUGGAUAUAAAGAGGGUUAUAGAGUUGAUGUUGAUAUUCCGGAAGGCACUUGGGAAAAGGCUCCAGGCUUCCAUGAUAUACUCAUCUUUAACGCAGGACACUGGUGGUGGGCUCCUUCAAAAUUUGACCCAAUCAAGUCACCCAUGCUUUUCUUUGAAAGGGGGUGCUUUCAAAAGAAAGCUUAUUUGCUUGCUGCUGCCUGGACAAACUCGGAUCGAGCCUGAACUGACUGAAUGUUUGUGGAGAAAACAAUGCAACCAAGUGCUAUUAAACUUUUUCGUACACAAUCACCCAGACAUUUUGAAGGAGGUGAUUGGGACCAGGGUGGUUCAUGUCAGCGGUUACAGCCUUUAUCACCAAAAGAAGUGGAAGAACUCUUCUCAUUGACGAAAAAUGGUACAAAUGUGGAAGCACGCCUUGUGAAUCUACACCUGUACAAGUCUCUCAAGGGAUCAAAUUUCCACAUCUUAGAUAUUACCCGCAUGAGCGAGUUCAGAGCAGAUGCCCAUCCUUCCACAACUGGAGGAAAGAAACAUGAUGAUUGCAUGCAUUGGUGCUUACCGGGAAUUACAGAUACAUGGAAUGACUUGUUUGUAACUCAUCUUAACAGUCUUAAAAUUAGAAACUGAUCUAUUAUUAUUAUUAAACUAACAUUUUACUCUAUAUAUUUACCGAUAUUGAUUCCUUAUGCUUUUAAGAAGAAAUUUGUUAAUUUUUAAAGUCAUUUCUGGUGAUGGUUCAAAUUGUUAUACUCUGUUUCAACCAUGUCUUCAUUCUCUAUCUCUGUGUAUUUGUGCUUGAGAGUUGAGGCUUAAAAUAUUUUCCUCAAAUGGGGUCUAUAUAAAAGGGCCUCUGUCAAAUUAAAGCUUUAAGAUUGGAUUGUAUCAAUGGAAAUUUUUAAGCUAUUAUUAUUCUUUGGCUUUCACAGAGCGCCUGAAAGUAAACAUUUCCUUUGAUUGAAACUAAAGAAAACCGCAACGAAAAUGGCAACUUCCAACGCGAAAUGUAGAUAUUGCAUCAUAAAAGAGGAGGUCAAUCGAUGAGCAUGGUCCAUCCCAGCUUGUCC